GAAACAGUCUAACAGGAUUUAACGCGUUUUCCUAUGAUAAAGUUGGUUCCUUAUCGGCACCGGUAAGACUCUGAGGUGGAGUACCAUCAUGGCUGCCACGGUAGUGAAGCUGGCGGUGAUCCCAGCAGCAAUGGGAUUGGCCUCAUUUCGAGUUUAUGCCAUGAGUCAGUACAAAACAGAGACUGUGCUGCUCUCCCCUAGAGAGUUGUCCAUCUAUGCUCCAGACCCUCCAGCAACGCACUACAUGAAUGAGCAGCCUGGAGCUCUGCAGAACGGGCUGGGUGUGGUCCGGGUGGGGCUGCAACCAUACGUUACUGCCGUUAAGAAUGCUUAUACCUCUGUCAAGGUCGGAGCUGUAACAGUCUAUACUGCUGGACACGAUACAUAUGAGUUCCUGAGAGAUCCUUCUCCUGGUUUUAUGCCGAGGGUCGGUGUAAUCACAGUCUCUGGGUUAGCGGGUCUGAUCCUGGCAAGGAAAGGGUCACGUCUGAUGAGGCUGGGGGUUCCUCUGGGUAUGGCCACUGUAGGCACUUCCGUGUGCUACCCCACUCAGACAGUGGGUGUUGUAAAGAUCACGGGGCAGAAGAUGUAUGUUGCAAGCCAGUACACUACAUCAUCUAUGGCAUCCAUAUUUAAAUCAAAGCCCAAAGAAGUAACCCCCCCAACGGUCAGUCUUGAGCAAGCCCCCCAAGCUACCAUCCCUGAGCCAGAAGUAUCAGAGGCAAAGCCCCUCCCUGAAGCUGAAUCAUCUGAACCAGCCACGCCUGCUGUUGACAAGGCUUCCCCCACUGAACCUAUUUCUGCCUCAGGCCCCGUAGAGGGUGCUCCAUCUGAGGUUGAACCUGCCCCUCAGUCCACCACAGAGGUGGCCCCUGCAGAGGGUUCUAUUGACACUGAGCCUGCUGCAGCUGAACCUGAGGCAGUCACAGUGGUGGAGCAAGAGGCUGUUCAGACGGCCCUUGUGCCUGCCCCUGCACAUCCUGGUGAGGAAGCUGCUGAAAAGAUUCCUGCACCUGCCCCUGUUGAGGCUGUCCCUGUACCUCCCCCAGCAGCGGAAGUUAUUCCUCUCCCACCUCCUGCUGAAGAGACAGAGCUUCCACCCCUUGCAUCUGUUGAGGAGGAAGCUGCUCUUUCACCCCCUGCACCUGUUGAGGAUGCUGCUCCUUCACCCCCUGCACCUGUUGAGGAAGCUGCUCCUUCACCCCCUGCACCUGUUGAGGAGGAUGCUGCUCCUUCACCCCCUGCAGCAGAAGAGGCUGCCCCUGCACCUAUAGAGGGGGUUGCUGACCCACCUCCUGUAGCUGAAGAGACUGCACCUGCUCCUGUUGACGAGGCUACUCCUCCAGCUACAACAGAGGAGCCAUCUGGGAUUGUAACAAAAACUGCUGGGAAACCCAAAUUUGCACCAGACCCUAAGUUAAUUGACCUUGGCCAGGCCAGCCCUGAGGAUGCGGACCUGUACAGCACGCGUGGAUGAAGAAUGACAGGAGGAGAAGGUGGGGGAUAUGUGGGAGGGAGGGGAAGGUUAAGGGUAAUCUCCAGAAAUUAAAAAAUAAUAAAGCAACACUUUUUUAGGUGCCUAUUUCUCUCUUUACCUCAGUGAUAGGGAACAGUUAGUCCUAUACAGGCUGUGUCCCGAUUAUCCACCCUUCUCCCCAAGUGUGCAAUUGCAUACUACCGGUCAUGGAUUUAACAAUUUGAAUCCAUGUCAGGGGAGGAGGAUUGAGCAUCAGGUUGCAGCCAUAGUGUGUUGGAAUUUUGACCUCUGGAGUCAUCUGUUUCUUUGCAUGGCCUGCAGUUUACAUGUAGACACCCACAGGGAACAGGGUGCAGGUCAUCAUCUGCAUCCACAGGCACAAACGGACAUCUUUACACCCUACUUCCAGAGCCACUACACAAGGUUUACUUACCAAUACUUACUCAGUGGUCAGUUCAUUAGGUACACUCUAGUACUGGGUCGGACCACCCUUUGUCUCCAGAACAGCCUGAAUUGUUCGGGGUUUGGACACGUUGCUCAGUUGGUAUCAAGGGACCUAACGUGUGCCAGGAAAACAUUCCCUACUCCAUUACACCACCGCCGACACCAGGCAGGUUGGGGCCAUAGACUUAUGCUGUUUGCGCCAAAUCCUGACUCUGCCAUCAGCAUGACGUGACAGGAAACGGGUUUCGCAGGACCAGGCUAUUUUUUUCCGCUCUUCAAUUGUCCAGUGUUGGUGAUCGCGUGCUCACUGGAGCCGCUUCUUAUUAGCUGAGAUGGGUAGAACCCGGUGUGGUCGUCUGCUGCAAUAGCCCAUCUGUCACCAGGACUGACGAGUUGUGCGUUCCGAGAUGCAGUUCUGCACACCACUGUUGUACGUUGUCGUUAUUUGCCUGUUUGUGGCCCGCCUGGUAGCUUGCACGAUUCAUGCCAUUCUCCUUCGACCUCUCAUCAAUGAGCUGUUUUCACCCACAGGACUGAUGUGGGUGAUGUUUUUUGUUUGUUGCAACAUUCUCGGUAAACCUUAGACACUGUCAUUUGUGAAAAGCCCAGGAGAUCGGCUGUUUCUGAGAUAUUGGAAUCAUACCAUGCUCAAAGUCGCUUAGGUCACUCGUUUUGCCCAUUCUAACGUUCAAUCGAACAGUAACUGAGCGCUUCACUGCCUGUUUUCUAUAGCAAGCCAUGGCCACGUGACUCAGUCUUGUCUGUAAGAGCGGACCAUUUUCGUGAACUGGAUGGUGUACCUAAUAAACUGGUCACAGAAUGUAGAUUUAUUUGUGGAGCUCGUUAACACUGUUAUACUGUGAAAGAAGUUACUCAAACAAAUUCCGUUACUAACCAAACUGGACCAUUUAUACAAUAAGAAUUCAUAAUAGGCAUUUUUUUUUUUUAUUAGGGACUUGUCAUUUACUUAGGUCACUGCUACACUGUUGUUUUUUCUGUCUUGCGAAUUUACCUUCUCCUAUUAGUCUAUGCAAAUAUUUUCCAUGUGGCAUUUUGUCAAGUGAGCUGUUUUAAAACGCAUUCAUGUUUUUAUAGCAUUUGUAAGGCCUUAUAUCACCGUAGAACUGGAGUUGAACCUUUUUUAAUUUCUAAAAACCCAACGUAUAUGGAUGUGUGCAGUUCUUGCGCAAGAUGGACACUUCCCAACAUGCCCACAUACUAGAUGCACCUGGAGGACAUGUUAUGGACUGACUGGUUUGAUACACUACAAGGCCAAAAGUGGAUUUGGCUAUUUCAGCCACACCGGUUGUUGACAUGUGUAUAAAAUUGAGCACACAGCCGUGCAAUCUCCAUAGCCAAACAUUGGCAGUAGAAUGGCCUUACUUAAGAGCUCAGUGACUUUCAAAAUAGCACCCUCAUAGGAUGCCACCUUUCCAACAAGUCAGUUCGUCAAAUCUCUGCCAUGCUAGAGCUGCCCCGGUCAACUGUAAGUGCUGUUAUUGUGAAGUGGAAAUGUCUAGGAGCAACAACGUCUCAGCCGCCAAGUGCUAGGCCACACAAGCUCAGAGAACGGGACCGCCGAGUGCUGAAGCGCGUAGCCCGUAAUAAUCACCUGUCUACCGAGUUUCAAACUGCCUCUGGAAGUAACAUCAGCACAAGAACUGUUAGUUGGGAGCUUAAUGAAAUGGGUUUCCAUGGCUGAGCAGCUGUAUACAUGCGCAAUGCCAGCGUCGGCUGGAGUGGUAUAAAGCUUGCCUCCAUUGAACUCUGGAGCAGGACCACCACUUGGCGGCUGAGACGUUGUUGCUCCUAGACAUUUCCACUUCACAAUAACAGCACUUACAGUUGACCGGGGCAGCUCUAGCAUGGCAGAGAUUUGACGUUCUCAGGAGUGAUUAAUCACACUUCACCAUCUGGCAGUCCCACGGACAAAUUUGGAUUUGGCGAAUGCCAGGAGAACGCUACCUGCCCCGAUGCAUAGUGCCAACUGUAAAGUUUGGUGGAGGAGGAAUAAUGGUCUAGGGCUGUUUUUUAUGGUUCGGGCUAGGCCCCUUAGUUCCAGUGAAAAAUCUUUAAUGCUCCAACAUACAAUGACAUUCUAGACAAUUCUGUGCCUCCAAAUUUGUGGCAACAGUUUGGGGAAGGCCCUUUCCUGUUUCAGCAUGACAAUGCCCCCAUGCACAAAGCUAGAUCCAUACAGAAAUAGUUUGUUGAGAUCGGUGUGGAAGAACUUGACUGGCCUGCACAGAGCCCUGACUUCAACCAACUCGACCACCUUUGGGAUGAAUUAGAAUGCAGACUGUGAGCCAGGCCUAAUUGCCCAACAUCUUGUGGCUGAAUGGAAGCAAGUCCCUGCAUCAAUUUUCCAACAUUAGUGGAAAGCCUUCCCAGAAGAGUGUAGGCUGUUUUGGCAGCAAAGGGGACCAACUCCAUAUGAAUGAUUUUGGAAUGAGAUGUUCGACAAGCAGGUGUCCGCAUACUUUUGGUCAUGUAGUCUGUGUGUUGGAAUCAUUUGAAUGAUUUUUUUUUUUUGAAUAGAGCUAUCAAUGUAAUUUCAUAUUUUUGGGGGUAUUUUACAGAUAGGAGAACAUAUUUGACAAUUUAACAUGUUUUAACACUUCCCUGAAUUCAGCUGUUGGAUAUCAAUCUUCACCAUGAUAAAGUUUUAUUUUGUUCAUUAGAAUAACCAAAUAUGGAAUAAAGGCAUUUUUCUCGAUCUCCACUCUCCUCACAUUUGAAUCCGAGCAGUGAAACCGUGCAAAUGGAAAAGUGUUGUGAUAGUCAUGCAAAGACGUGUGGAUGAUUUAAAAGGAGUAUUUGGUAUGAAACACUAGAGGGCGACAGUGUUUGCCAUUCAGGCAAAACCAGCAUUUUUAUGAACCAUGUCCAUAUUUAGAGGAAGUGGUUUAAAAUGAAGAAAAAUAGGGGUAUGGAAAGGAGAGACAUUUUGAUUUUCUUUCAUAUCAAAACAUUUACACAGUAGUAGGCCUACUGAAUACUAAUUUGACUGGUCAUUGGGACUUGAUAGACUGCAGUGAGUGUGCCUUCAUAGCCUGUGUUUCAUUAUCGUUGGCUCCAUGGCGUAUUCCAGGCGAGCCUCCAUUUAAUUGGUCUCUGAAGCUGAUACCCUCCCAGAUACACCAUCCAUAAACACAGCAUGAAGGUUGCUUAUGGAAUGUGACCCUGGUCUGACCCUGGCCAGUCUGAGGCACUAGGAACUGGAAUAUUAGACCCUGGUAAACGAGAUCCCCUUUCCUGGUUUUGAGUAUUGCAACAUGUUCAACACGGUACUAUGCUAUAUACUCCAAUGCCAGAAUGGCCAGAGAGAAUCUUAUGUUAGCGUUCCCUUUAACUGCUUAUGUAUCAAUUACUUUGAGGGUACUUAUGAAUAUUGAGGAAAACAGUGGUGUUUUGAUCUCUGUAGGGGAUUGGUUCCCUGGUCUGCAAUGCGUCACCGUUUUGUAAAGCCAGGAAAACCCCAAUGAUUUAUGAUUUUUGUAUUUUUAUGGAAAUCUCAAGAUUGCUUAAACAUUCCCAAGUACUUCCAUCCAACUGGGUCUAUACUCACGGGAGACAUCUGUUUCUCUUGGAUAGCCGUGAGGCUCACAGUUCACACGUGAAGAUUCUACAGGAAUUUACUUGUGCCCCUUAACUCUUUUACAAGAUUUUUUCAAAAUUCAAUGGGGAAGAUUGUGAUGACUAGUGGUAGCUGUUACAAACAAUGAUACGUUCUAAAGUAUUUAAAGGUCUAUUUUCUAUCAUUUCCUAGUCUCACAUUACAUGAAAACAUGUGAAUAGCUGCCAACUGAGUAUAGUUUGAGGACAGCAGGUCUAUCUAAAGACUCUUAGGCCUUAGUCAUUGCCAGAUGCUCCCAAUGGACAUUAACAUGUGAGAAUGGAUGAAGUUACCUCUAUCCUAAUUCUUUCUGACAUUUAUCUAUACAUAGCUUCAGAUGAGUCGGUGUCAUUUCCAUAGUAACAGGACAUUCCUCCUCUUUCUGAGCCACCACUGGGUUCACAGUACAUGGAGCAAAAGCAUUUGUCUCCCCUUUGACAUCAUGUCACAGUUUUAUCGCUCCCCAGGCUCUUGCUCCCCCAUAUUUGCAUCCUGUGCCUUUUCUGGUCCCACAGUCAUGUUCCCUUUUUUUUCUCCCGGAUACAGGCACAUUCUCAGGGGCAUUUUCCUCCUCACCCCAUAUUGGAGAAACUCACAUCCACAUGGGUCUUUGACUGUAGGCUGUUGAUGUGGAUACACUGUAAAAUUGAUUUUGUUUGGCUUCGGGUAGUGCAAAUCUCUUUUCAUACAUGCAGUCAUGCAUCAUGGACUGUUGUCACACACGAUAACUGAUGUGUGUUUUCCCUUGGCUCCAUCAGUCACUCUCAUUAUAUGAGAGAUAAGACAGUCAGUUAGCUUUGGGUGUCAUGGCUAAGGUUUCCCACAGCUACUGCAGUGAACUCUUCCAGUUAAUUAAGGAAGCUGUGAAAUGUAUCUGACUGUUUGGACAUGCGUAUGCUAAAUAUUUGUAUAAGCGAACCUGUAGCUGAGUGGGGGGUUGACACCAGAUAGUUUAGUAAUCCAUGUAUGUCACUCUUUUUUCAGCCCUUAAUGUAAUUCAGCCGUCAAACUAAAUCUGAUACAGGCUUUUAUAGAAAGGUUACAAGAUUGAAUCGCCGAGCUGACAAGGUAAAAAUCUGUCGUUCUGCCCCUGAACAAGGCAGUUAACCCACUGUUCCUAGGCCGUCAUUGAAAAUAAGAAUUUGUUUUUAACUGACUUUCCUAGUUAAAUAAAGGUCAAAAAAAUAAAUAAAAAUAGUAAAGUAUUGAAUGACAAUCUGUAUAUGACACAGCUCCACCAUUUCCAUUAUUAGCUUGUAAAAACAUACAAACUUUGUCAUGUAAAAACAAACAAAUACCGUCACAUUGUUUUUCAGGGCUAUUAAAUGUUUGAAUAGGACAUAGAGGACACACAAUUUGUAUCUUUCACAGUCAGUGGUACAUAUUCUCAACUCUCUGGUGAAAUUAGUCCAAACAGACAUGUUCUUGUGGGCUAUUUGUGUGUUGCUCUUUGCAAGAGGUUACGAGAAGAGAGUUUGACCUGUGAGCAUCACUGUGUUUAGAACAAACACUGAUUCUCACCCAGCUCCUCAUUGGACAAUGAACCCAGGCCAGAUUGCCCCAUUAAUUUCAGCAUACUCUAUUGAAUGGGGCCCCUCCAGAUGCAGGGGGGUAAAAACUGCUGCUCUCCCUAAAUGUGAGAAACAACCAGGAAUCUCCUUCUCCGCCCUCCCCAUCUUAAUCCAAUACAGACAUGUGGUGGAUUAUGCAAGUACUGGACAUGCUGUGUUUUCCCAUGUUUCAGUGCUGCCAAAAUAUGCUCGGAGAGCCUAAGUGGUGAGUUACAACCCACGGUCUACAUGGUUUUAAUUCUGAACCUGAGAACCUCCAAACCCCUCAGGUCAUUCUGUCCAACAGGGCAUAGGGGGAGGAAGGAACAGUCAUGAGACCCUUUGCUGGUUACUAUGAACCAUGUAAUUGAUACAGUAUGCUCUGGUUGAUAUUAGUGCUACAUUAUUUAUCCAUACUAUUUGUCUUAUGUUUCAAAUGGGAACAGCAAUAUUGAUAUAAUUUCUGUAGAAAAUAAGACUCUUUCGAUUUGAUGUUUUGAAAAUAUGUGGACACCUGCUCGUUGAAUUUCAUUCCAAAAUCAUGGGCAUUCAUAUGGAGUUGUUCCCCCUUUGCUGCUAUAACAGCUUCCACUCUUCUGGGAAGGCUUUCCACUAGAAGUGGGAACAUUUCUGCGUGGACUUGCUUCCAUUAAGCCACGAGCAUUAGUGAGGUCAGGCACUGAUGUUGGGCGAUUAGGCCUGGCUUUGCAUUCGGUGUUCCAAUUCAUCCCAAAGGUGUUCUAAGGGGUUGAGGUCAGGGCUCUGUGCAGCCCAGUCAAGUUCUUCCACACUGAUCUUGACAAACCAUUUCUGUAUGGACCUCGCUUUGUGCAUGGGGGAAUUGUCAUGCUGAGACAGGGAAGAGCCUUCCCUAAACUGUUGCCACAAAGUUGGAAGCACAGAAUCAUCUACAAUGUCAUUGUAUGAUGUAGUGUUAAGAUUUCCCUUCACUGGAACUGAGGGACCUAGCCCGAACAAUGAGAAACAGCCCCAGGACAUUAUUCCUCCGCCAACAAACCUUACAGUUUACACUAUGCAUUCGGGCAUUUAGCUUUCUCCUGGCAUCUGCCAAAACUAGAUUUGUUUGUUGACGCUCCUGACAAACAGUUAUCGUGCUGACAAUGCUUCCAAAGGCAGUUUGUCACACUGUGGUGAGUGUUGCAACCGAGGACAGAUGAUCUUUACGCGCUUCAGCACUGGGCUGGUCCCGUUCUGUGAGCUUGUGUGGCCUAGCAAUUCGCGGCUGAGCCAUUGUUGCUUCUAGACGUUUCCACUUCACAAUAAUAGCACAGUUGACCAGGGCAGCUCUAGAAAUUUGACGAACCGACUUGUUGGAAAGGUGUAAACCCAGUUCCUACCUUUUGAAUCUAAAAAUAGAUUUUAUCAAUCAAAACUAUGCUACAUUUUAUCUCUGGAACCCUCAGGAUGACAAACCAGAGCAAGAUUACUGAAUGUAAGUACUUCAGAUGGGAAUGAAUCAAACCAGUUGCCGUGAUAGUUUUUUAUUGUCAUAAAUACAAUGCUUUUAAUUUUUACAGUUGAGCUAAUGUGCACUAAUGUGAUUAGCAUGACGUUGAAAGUAAUACAAACAUUUCCCAGGACAUAGACAUGUCUUAUGGGAGAAAGCUUAAAUUCUUGUUACUCUAACUGCACUGGCCAAUUUAAAGUAGCUAUUACAGUGAAAAAAUACAAUGCUAUUGUUUGAGGAGAGUGCACAGUUAUGUACUUGAAAAUGUAUCAAUAAACCAAUUAGGCACAUU